CUAAAUCUCCCUCACACAGAAAGGCCAGACUGGGCUUCAGCGUCAACCUCCGCCAAUUCAGUCCCUCCUUGCGCACCCCACCGGUUCUCCCUUCUACUAGUUCCGGUUGUCGAAAGAUUGAAAACUGUAAAUUCCAUCUCCGACAGUCACCAUGUCUCGAAACGCGCAAGUCGAGGAGGUGUACGACGACUCAGAUCCGGAGGAAGUUGCUCCCUCCGACUACACCAAUGAAUCUCUCCUGUCCGCCGCCAACAUUCCUGCUCCUGCCUCGUCUUCGAUACCCAUGAGACAGGCCCCCGAACCGCAGCGCGAUAUCCCCAAACACUUCCAAUGCCUGUACCCGAUCUACUUCGACAAGUCGCGGUCGCGCGCCGGAGGCCGGAAAGUCGGCUCGGAACACGCCGUUGAGAACCCUCUGGCCAGAGAGAUCGUCGAUGCGGCGCAGAUGCUGGGGUUGACGGUAGGCUUCGAGCCGGAGAAGUUUCACCCGAAGGAUUGGGCGAACCCGGGGCGAGUGCGUGUGCUACUGAAGGAUGAGAACGGGAAGUUGGCCAACCCGAAAAUUAAGAACAAACACCAUCUCUAUAUCCUCGUGGCUCAAUAUCUCAAAGCCCACCCGACCACUGAGAAAUCCCCCUACAACCUGCGGAUCAGAGGACUUCCCAUGCCGGAGAAGCUUCCUGCCGCACCGGCGGCUCCUCGUGGGUGGAAGAUUGGUUCCAUCCUACCCAUACACUCCCCGGCCUACAGUGGUGGCGGAGUAAGCGACAACCCGCUCAAGGACGCCAUGUCGGAGAUGCAGAACAUGCAGGGUAUGCCGGGAAUGCCUCAAAUUCCCGGGAUGCCCGAUUUGGCCGGGAUGAUGGGCGGUAUGGGCGGCAUGGGCGGCGAGCCGUCCGGAGGCAGCGGCGAAAAGAAGAAGAAGGACAAGAAGAAGAAAUAAGACAUGAUGCGCCCGAUCUGAUGGCUGUAUGGGAUAUGGGACACUCCGAGAAAUUCUGAUUCACUGUCCAUAUUAAUGUGCGUUUCUGGUUGCAUUGCACGGGCGUGAGGCGUUUGUUAUUUACACCUGAUAGAGGGCAUAUUUGCUGUUCUCUGAUACCAAGAUGGAAUCGAAGAUGGAUUUAUGACGUGCUAUGGCUAGCACGACUCUGGGCAGUUGAUCCAUAUCGACG